AUAACAUGAAUGAAACUAUUCCAUUGAUAAUAGCUGGUGGCGGCGGCGGCAUUGGUGUUGGUCCCUUCCAGAAAGAUCCGUCUGUCUUAUACUCGGAUAUUGACUUUACUAUUAAUGGAACAAACGGAAAUAUGUCCAUUUCCGGUGCUGGUGCUGGUGGUGGUUGGAGUGGUGAGACAUACUCACCACUUGCAGGAAUGUCUUUAUUAAGUGGCAGCAUUGGAGGAACAGGAUGCCCUGGACCAAACGGACGUCACCAUGCCGCCGGUGGAUUUGGAGGAGGAGGCGGAGCUUGUCGUGGAGGAGGAGGUGGUGGAGGCUACAAAGGCGGUAAUGGUGGCAGCCCUUUAGGAAGCAACGGACAGGAUGGUUCUUCCUAUAUUAACCGCGCAUCUACAGUAUACGUUUUUGAACCAAACUUGCACAGCGGAGAUGGUGAAGUGGAAAUUUACGAAUAUUUUCCUUGCGCUUGUGAGGAAUACUGCAUCGUCGAAGACAGUGUGAAUCGCACCUAUACCUGCAAGUGUCAGAAUGGUAAAACUUUGAUGCCUGAUGAACAUACCUGUUCAGCGGCAGUUUCCCUAACACCACAAAAAGAAAACGAGAGUAAUAAACAAUUAAUCCUGGUACUUGGAAGCCUGGCUUCUGUCAUCGUUAUCAUUAUUUCAUGUUGCGUCUACUGUGUGGUAAGGCGACGUUUGCAUCCUGUGAUGUUGGAGAACUGUGCAGUCUCGAAAACCACACCCAAUCAUUUGAACCGCAUUGUAAUGCAGAUCAAUGAAUCAUACACAGCGUUGAGUUUUUCCAACCCGGAUAUGGAGAUCAACCAAAUUCCACGAGAACAAAUAAAAUGUAUCCGACAUAUUGGUCGAGGUGCAUUCGGUGAAGUGUUUCAAGGAAUAAUAUUACCAAAUAAUAGAGAACAGUUACCACCAAAAGUGGCUAUAAAGACAUUACCAGCCAUUUAUACAGAAGAACUUGAAAUCGAUUUUGUGAUGGAGGCAGUAAUUAUGAGUCGAAGUUGCCUCGUGGUGCCGAUGAGUCUAACAAUAGUACAAGCUUUUGUUUAUAGAAAUCAGCAAAAUGAACCUUCGCGUGUGAGCGUUCUUCAAAUGGUCAAAAUUGCGACUGAUAUUGCCAAGGGAUGUCAAUAUUUAGAAGAACAACAUUUUAUACACAGAUGUCAUAAAAUUAAAAUGCAAGUGAGCCAAGCCUGCGAUGCUGCUUCAAUUCUUAACAUGAGCAAUGUCCCUCCAUCUACAAUAGUAUAUCCUGGUAAAGCAUUGAAGACGCAACUGGUAUUUUCCUCUCACCUGAAAUACGGAACUUUUGUAGCUACCUAG